UUGGCCCAUUUUAGGUACUUGGCCCACUUGCAGCUCCGGUCGACGUUGAGGUGGCCCGUUAGGCCGCGCCACCGCUCGAACUAAAAGUUUAGCCACGCGGCGUUCAGAGACGGGGCGAGUUGCGCCAGUUCCAACUUUCUAGCAGUAUGGACCGCCAAAAAAAAAAAAGUUCCAUCACUUUAUUUAAAUGAGAAUUGAUCAUUGCAUUUCCUGAUUAUUCCUUUCUUCAAGUUCUUAACGCAGAGAGACAAACUGAGACGGAGAAGAUGAAGCGGGCCAUGGCGGCUGUUCUGCUAGUGUUAUUAUCGCUACUCGUUCAUUCAAAUGCCGAAGAAGAAGCUUUCGAUGUUCGCCAACACCUUUCUACUGUUUCCAGAUACGGUGUCGUUAAAGGCAUUGCGGACAGUUCAUUUGUUCCAUCGAAGAUUCCAAAUGGAUGUACUCCUAUCCACUUAAAUCUUGUGGCAAGGCAUGGAACUCGUUCUCCUACCAAAAAGCGGAUUAAAGAGUUGGACAACUUGGCAACUCAUCUGGAGGUUUUACUGAGAGAAGCUGAAGAACAGAACCUGUCUUUGGAAAAACUUCCUGGUUGGUUAAAGGGUUGGAAGUCUCCUUGGAAAGGAAAACUGAAAGGUGGAGAAUUAACUAUCCAAGGAGAGGAUGAACUCUAUGAUCUUGGGAUCAGGACUCGAGCAAGAUUUCCAAAUUUGUUUAAUGAUGAUUACCAUCCAGAUGUUUAUGCAAUAAAGGCAACACAGGUCCCUCGGGCAUCAGCCAGUGCUGUGGCAUUUGGCAUGGGAUUGUUUAGUGGGAAAGGAAGUCUUGGACCAGGGCGUCAUCGAGCUUUUGCUGUAACCAGCGAAAGCCGUGCAAGUGAUACAAAGCUAAGGUUUCAUGAUUGUUGUCAAAACUACAAGGCAUUUAAGAAAAGUCAGGAGCCUGCUGUUGAUAAGCUUAAGGAACCCGUUUAUGAUGAAAUAACUUCUGCAUUAAGAAGGCGCUACAGGUUGAAUUUUACAAGGCAGGAUACGACUUCUCUGUGGUUUCUGUGCAAACAGGAAGCGUCCUUGUUGAAUAUAGUUGAUCAAGGUUGUGCACUUUUCAGCCCUUCUGAGGUUUCUUUGCUGGAAUGGAUGGAUGAUUUGGAGGCCUUUAUAUUAAAGGGAUAUGGUAAAUCAAUAAACUAUAGAAUGGGAGUGCCCUUACUUGAAGAUGUUGUGCAGUCCAUGGAGCAGGCUAUUAAGGCUGAAGAAGAAAAACAUGCUCCUGGUAGUUAUGAGAAGGCGAGACUACGGUUCGCACAUGCAGAAACUGUCAUUCCAUUUUCAUGCCUACUUGGACUUUUUCUUGACGGAUCUGAAUUUGAAAAAAUACAGAGGGAACAGGCCUUGCCACACCCUCCAAAGCCUCCCCAGAAGAGAAAUUGGAGGGGCCAUACUGUGGCACCUUUUGGUGGGAAUAACAUGCUGGUUCUGUACAGUUGUCCAGCCAACACAUCAAACAAGCACUUUGUGCAAGUGCUGCACAAUGAACAUCCUAUUCCAAUGCCAGGUUGUGAUGGUACUGAUUUCUGUCCACUUGAUGUUUUUAAGGAAAGAAUUGUUGCUCCUCAUUUGAAGCAUGACUAUAAUUCUGUGUGCGAUGUAAAACUAGAACAACAGGAGCAGAAGCCUGUUGCUAGUAAGUUAUCUCAACUGUUCCGUUGGAUGUUCUCACUGGGGAAUGGUGAGAAAAGUUCCCUCGAUGAAUUGUAGUUUCUUCUUGUUUUCAAGUGCGGAAGGGAUAAUUCUUGCACUACCUUGAGUGACUUGGAUUCACAGCAGCUCUUUCUUGUAGCAGACCUCUGUUUUGGAUUGAUACAAUUGCUAAUACUGAAUCCGUUCGUCUUGUUGCAGUUUGAAUUAUCUGAGGCUGGCGGUAGAGUAGUGAAUUUUGUAACAUUGUCGUGUUGUAGUUUUGCUCAUAACAAAACAGCUUCUCUGCCUUGCUGGGACUGGUGUUCAUGGAGAGAUGGAUGUCAUACACGUAUUAACUACUUCUGGAGUAGCUUGCACAUUUGUUUUUACGCGUUUUUAUUCUAAUGGAAAGUAUUGACUAAGGGAUCUAUCAAUUUGAUUGUCUUAAAGCACUUUCGAUGCCAACCAAAUAGGGAGAGACUCAAACUUUCUUUUGGGCAAAGAUGAAAAAGGAGCGAAGAGUUGGAUGAUAUUUUCUUUAUGCGUGAA